UGAGGCUGCGGUCUGGGGAGGGGCUACCUGCCCUGCCCUCCGUGCUUCCAGUCUGUCUCCGAAGGCCACCCUCGCCCUACCUACACUCCCCCCUCCCCCCAGGGGCAGCCUCCCUGUUCCAGCCAUCGAAACCCUGCGUCUGCUUCCACGGUGGAAGCUUGCUUUCCCGACGCUGGGCCCCGGGGCCGUGGGCUUUUGCAUGACUCCUGGUGGAGGGGUUUCUGCCCAUUGCCUGCUCGCCUGCUAGCCUGGCAGCCCCAGAGCUAGACCUGGCAUUCCCGUGGUUCCUGGGGUCCUGGGCCCCCAGAAGCAGGCACAGCCAAGAGUGAGCCCCGGGCAGACCCCUCAGGCCCCUCCCCAGGCAGAUCCACUCCUGCCUGACAGAGCCAGCCUCCACAGGGCAGCAGCUCCAGGCCUCCUUCCUCCCACAAACCGGCCGGCCUCUGGCUUGGCCCAGACGCCAUUUGUCAAAGUCCUUGCAAGCACGUGGCGCCCAGAAACCAGGGCGGGCGGCUUGGCCAGGACCACCCCAGCCAGGAUGUCUGCGGGAAUAUCCCAUUUAGCGUAGCUCAGCGAAAAUUGCUCCCACCUCCCGGCCAAUCUACCUCUGAUGAUGCAGCCUCAGCUUUCCUGAGCCUCUGGCCGCCACCCUUACCGCUGGCUCACAGUGGACGAGCCUGUGGUCAGACUGGCGACGGCACGGCGCCCCUCACGCGUCUGCGGGCAGGCGCUCUUCCUGCCCUGGUGGGCCGCUGGCCCAGCACGUGCCUCCCCCUUGGAGCUUGCCCACGGGUCUCACGGCCCAGGCUGUGCACCCGGGCGGCACCCUCGUCCAUCACCCACUGAGGGGCUCAGGCCUGGGUGGACUCCUUUCUAAGCCAGCCAGAGGUGGAGCCACCCUGCCGAGUUGCUGAUACAGACAGAUUUGCCAGGGACGCACCUGGCAGGUGCCAAGUGCUCGGGAAGCAGAGCUUCUGAUGGUCAGGUGGUGACCCCUUGGCCUCAGGUCCUCCCACAUGAUGGGGAAACCACGUGCCCCUGCGGGAGGAGGGCUGGCAGGGCUGAGAGCUAACCUGACGGCUGUCCCUCUCCUCCCCAGGGUGCGACAAUGCUCAUCGUGGCUGGCCUGUGCCCCCAGGGGCCCUCUGGACCCCCACCGCCCCUGCUGCCCAAGCCAGGGAAGGACAACGUGCGUCUGCAGAAACUUCUGAGGAAGGCCGCCCGGAAGAAGAUGACAGGGCCGCCUGUGCCACUGGGGGCUUUCCGCACUUCCCUGUCCCCUGUGAGCGAGGCCAGCCAUGACCAGGAGCCCACGGUCCUGCGCCCAGCGGAGGCCCCACGCUCCACGGAGGCCCCGCGUCCCGCGGAGGCCCCGCGCCCUGUGGCCGCCCUGUCCCACUCCCCCCACAGCUCCAUCAUCCACCACGUGGCACCACCCCUGCAGAAGUCCAUAUUCCCCUUCAGCUCCACCCAGCGCAGGAGCCUGGCCGCUCACUUCAAGGCCACAGGGCCCCAGCUCACGACCCCGGCCCCAGACCCCGCCCGGUCCCCCAGUGGCUUCACACAGGUCUCAGCCCCCACAGCAGGGGUCACCCACGUCAGCCAGGUGCACAUCCGGCUAGUGCCACCCCCACAGGCCAGGACCCCUGAGCCCCGCCAGACGGCCCCAGAUGGGGGACCUGGGAGGCAGGACCAAGACACAGCCCCGUGCCCUCCUGGGGCCCAGCCCCUGGUUCCCGUGGCCCACGUCCGCUCACUGCCCACUGAGGCCCAGGCUGCCAGUCCCUGGCCUGAGGCACCCCCUGUGCCCAGGCCGCUCCCAGGCUCUGAGGUCUCAGUGCCCAGAGAGGCCAGCACACAGGUUGUGGUGCCCAUCGCCCCCACCUACUGCUCACCGGCACCCUCGCCUCACAGGCCAGCCUCUGAGGGCCCUGAAGCUGAGCCCUUGGAGGAGCCCCCUGUGUCUGGCCCUGCCACUGCGGCUGAACUGGUCUCCAGACCCUGUGGAGCCUCAUCCCCUGCCCCACUCUCAGGUCCACACCCAUGCCUUGUCCCCAGAGUUGCACCCAAGCCCCAGCUCAGUGGCUGGACACGCCUCAAGAAGCAGCUGAUGGAGGAGGCAGAAGCGUCCCCAUUCCCGGGGCCAGAGCAGAGCCCAGAGCGCGGGGAGCAGGAGGUGACAGCCCCCGUGGGCCCAGUGUCCCGGCCCCCAGCCUCCCGGGCCUCCAGGAUGUGGAAUGCUGUGCUGUAUCGCAUGUCAGUGGCCAAGUCCCAAAGCGGCCCGGCCGGGCCCAGGGACGGGGCUUGUACCCUGGCUGGCCUGAGCCGCUUGCCCUUCCUGUGCAGGCCACGAUUCAACGCUCGGAAGCUGCAGGAGGCAGCCACCCGGCCCCCUCCCACAGUCCACUCCUCUGUCCUGGACCUGAACCCCAAGCCCAAGAACUUCAACCGGACGGCGGCCGGCUGGAGGCUCCAGUGA